AUGCACGAAGGGGCAUCUUUAGAAGAGGGAGCCCUCGUCGCCACCAACUAUCCACACGCCGAGCUUCAGGCCGAAGUCGAGACUGUCCUCACCCAGAUCCGCGUCUUGAAUGCUACGCACUCCCAAGACGCGUUCGCCAUCGAAGCAGACCUAUCGACCACAACAGGGCCCAGCGAGCUCGUCGCCAAAGUCUUCGAGCAGUCCAAACGGGACAAAGGCGACAUCCUCAUCAACAAUGCCGGCCUUGCCAUCAUGACGCCCAUUAAGGCCGUCACGCUCGAGGAAUGGGACAAGCAUAUCAAUCUCAAUGCCCGAGGAACGUUUCUGCUAACGCAGGCGGUGCUGCCGUAUUUGUCCAAAGGGAGUCGGAUUGUCAAUCUGAGUUCGUCAGGUGCGAGGCAGCCAUAUAUGGCGAGUUCGGUCUAUAAUGGCACGAAAGCGAUGAUUGAGAGUUUUACGAGAUGCUGGGCCGCGUGA